ACCCCCCCCCUCCCCCCUCCACCCACCAUCCAUCCCUCUCCCUCUCCCUCGAUCGUUGCUCCCUCUCUCCUCCCAGACUUCCAUCACGGCCAGGGCGGCAGGCCCGUGCUGGUGGCAGCGGCAGCGCGGCCAAAUCCCGGCGGCGGUGCGGAGCGGGGAGCGGGCGGCGGUGCGGCGCCGAGGCGGGGGCCGCCGCCCCACCAUCGGCAUAGGGGGCAGGGGAUAGGACCGCCUAUUUCCGGCUCUUUUUCCUCUCCCUCUCUCUCUAGGUAUCGGCCGUCCUUUCCUAGCGGCGACGAUAGGGCGAGUGGCGCGGGCCUUGGCCCGUUCUUCGUGGGGCGCUUCGCCGGCGACGAGCAUCCGACAGGGGUAUGCCCGCCCAUUCCCUUCCCUUCCUUCCUGCUGUGCGCAAUCGAACGCCGAAACCCCUCAUGUAUGCUAUUUGUAUUCGGAUCCGGCCAUGUAUUUUACCUACUGACUGCGAUUUUUUUGCAAAAAUUAUUGGGUGUACAUGUGUACGCCCAUAUCCUGUACUGGGUCCGCCCCUGGUUCAUGAUCCAGACAAUGGCAUCACAGGCUGGAGGUGGCAGAGGCGGUGAUGCUGGCUCGGCACAACACGGGCAGGUUCAGGGUUUGGCAAGACAAGGGUCCUUAUACAACCUUACCCUGGAUGAGGUGCAGAACCAUUUGGGGGAGCCAUUGCUUAGCAUGAAUUUUGAUGAGCUCCUGAAGAGCGUGCUUCCUGACAGUGUAGACCCAAAUGGCACUGUCACAGGCAAGCCUGAUCCAGCAUCGAACCUGCAGCGACAAGGGAGCAUUAUGAUGCCUCCGCAGCUGAGCAAGAAGACUGUUGAUGAGGUGUGGAAGGGCAUCCAGGAUGGACCAGAGACCAGUGCUACGGAUGGUGGUCGGCACAGGCGGGAGAGGCAGCCAACACUUGGGGAGAUGACCCUUGAGGACUUUUUGGUUAAAGCUGGGGUUGUUUCAGAAGGACUUAUGAAGGAUUCGGAUGAUUUGCCGAGUAAUAUAAAUACAGCUGGGAGCAAUGUUGUAGCGGGUGGCACUUCCAGUUUGAACUCUGGAGCACAGUGGUUGCAGCAGUACCAGCAGCAAGCUUUGGAGUCCCAGCAGCCGAGUUUGGUGGGUACAUACAUGGCUAGUCAGUUGGCUCCCCAGCCAUUAUCUGUUGCUACAGGUGCUAUGUUGGAUUCAAUUUACUCCGAUGGCCAGAUUAUUUCGCCAACAGUUGGUGCAUUUUCGGACCCUCAGACACCUGGGCGCAAGCGUGGUGCCUCAGGGGAGGUGGUAGAUAAGGUGAUUGAAAGAAGGCAGAAGAGGAUGAUAAAAAAUAGGGAAUCAGCUGCACGAUCAAGAGCGAGAAAGCAGGCUUACACUAAUGAGCUUGAAAACAAGGUUUCCCAUCUGGAAGAGGAGAAUGAGAGAUUAAAGAAGCAGAAGGAGUUUGAUGAGAUAUUGAGCUCUGCUCUGCCUCCAGAACCCAAGUACCAGCUCGGGAGAACAAGCUCGGCUGCCUUUUGAUUUUGGAUGGUGACAAUGCUCAGUGACUUUUGUACAUUACACAAAGGUUCUACUUAUAUAGUUUUGCCUCUUUGGGUUAGAAACAAUUGAUAGAUUGAGGUUAUAGCUUUUCCCAGCCCGGUGGUCCAGUGUAUGUAGAUUGGUAGCAACAUGUACCAUGCCCUGGGGCUGAUCGUUACCGAGGCGUUUGCCAGAAUGUGAAUCUUCUAGACACAUGCUUAAGUUCCGAGAGCUUUUUCAUACUGGAAAUGUCUUCAAUUA